AUGCUAGACUUUCUCGACAAUGUCCUUCCAGCUGAGAUGCCUCGUCACCACCGAAUAGGGGGUAUACAGAGUCGAGAAGAGCUUAUGGGGGAUGUUGUAAGUGGGAUGAGGGAAUCUACCAUGUCUGUUCGGGUGAUGCCGUACGUCUUAAGCAGAAUAAACUGGAAGGAUCCAGCGAACGACCCAAUCUUCCAGCAGUUUAUUCCCUUGGGGUCUAUAAUGAUGAAAGACCAUCCCGCACUUAAGCUUGACUCCUUGAACGAGCAGAAAGACUCUCCAGUUCCUGCUGUCGUACAUCGCUAUCCCGACAAAGCGCUACUACUCCCAACCUCGGUCUGCCCAACCUAUUGCCUCUAUUGCACCAGAUCCUACGGCAUCGGCGCCGACACCGAGCUAGUAACCAAGGAGUCCUUCCGGACCACGCGCGACAGACUCACUAGAGCCUUCGACUACAUCGAGAGCCAAGAAGGCCUCCACGACAUCGUCGUCUCCGGCGGCGACGCUUUCUACCUGGCCCCGCACAUCCUCGAGUGGAUCGGCGACCGGCUCAUCGGCAUGAAGAACAUCGAGCGGUUCCGCAUCGCGUCGAAGGGCUUAGCCGUGUCGCCGCAUAGGUUCCUCGAUACGGAGGACCCGUGGACGGAUACCCUGAUCCGCGUCUCGGAUAAGGCGCGCCAGGCUGGAAAGCAUAUGGCGCUGCAUACCCAUUUCAACCAUUCGAAUGAGAUUUCGUGGGUCACGGAACGGGCUAGUUUGAGGCUGAUGCAGAAGGGUAUGACGGUGCGGAAUCAGACGGUGCUGCUUAGGGGAGUUAAUGAUAGUGUUGAGGUUAUGGGGACGCUUGUUAAGAGGUUGGCGAGGAUGGGAAUUCAGCCGUACUACGUCUACCAAUGCGACAUGGUGAAGAAAAUCGAGCACCUGCGCACGCCGCUACAGACGAUCCUGGACAUCGAGUCGGCGAUCCAGGGCACGGUGGCCGGAUUCUACAUCCCCAGGUUCGUCGUCGACUUGCCCGAGGGCGGCGGCAAGAGGCCUGCUGCGCUCCGCGAGUCGUACGAUCGAACGACGGGGGUGUCGACUUUUACGCAGCCGUCGCUGACGAGGGGGGAGAAGGAGGGGAAGGUGUAUAGGUAUUAUGAUCCGUUGGAUACGUUGGUGGCUGCGUAG